UUUUAAUUUAAUAAAAUUUAAUGAAUAUUUCAGAAGAACAAAAAUAAUAAUUUAUUGAAAUUAUUAGAAACAAAAAGUAAUUUAAAAAGAAAAAAGAGGAAAUAAAGCAACAAUUAAUAAAAGAAGCUUAAGAUUUACAAUAGCAAUAAGUAAAAAAGCAACCUAUUUUAGCUCCUACAUUAAUUGAAGCAUGCUAAUAUGUAAUUUCGAAUCCAAAAGAAGAAUUUCUAUCAAGGAUAAGUGGCAUGUUAAUGAUAAAAGAAGUAAUGGAAUUAGCUUUAGAAACUGUUUUAAGACCAUUUUGUUAAUCCUUUUUAUAAUUUCUUAAAAAUACAAUCAUAUAAUAUAGAGAAGAAAAUCCUCCUGGUUAAACAUUUUUUAGUAAACAACCAAACGAAGAUUAAAGUAAAUACGGCUAAACAAUAUUAUAAAUAAUGAUGGAAAGUUUGUUUGCCUGGUCAUGCUGGUUUUAUAAAAAUACAAAUUAAACAAAAACAAAAUUCUUUUUAACAUAUGAAGAAUGCCUUCAUUAAGAAGUCGCGUUCGAAACUAUAGACAAGUUUUAAUAUUAUACAUAAGAUGAUUUAUAAAAGCAUGAUGGGAAAACAGGAAUAAAUUUAUUAAUGUAUUAUGAUACCCUUAUAGGGAUGUAAUAAUAACUUUAAUAAAGUAUAAAUGUACUUUAAUAAAUUGUAUAAUUAUAAUAAGAAACAGAUAUAGCAAGAAAAAAUGUAGGAAACUGUUAUUAAUUUUAUAAAGAAUAUAUAGAAGAAUAUAAAGAAAUAGAAACUGAAAUUUUAUUUAAAGAAGAUUAGGAUGUAUUCAAAAAAGAAUAUGGAAUAGUAGAAAAACUAAUAGUAAUUAUAUAAUAAUAUGUAGAGAAGAAAUAAAAAUUUGAAGAAUUUUAAAAAAAAAAUGAUUACUUUUUUUAAUAAUUUAGCAAGUAAAUAAUAACAAGAAAAAUAAACAUAAUAACAACAAUAAUAAUAAGCAGAAUAAUAAUCAUAAAAAUAACAAAAAUAAAAACAAAAAGAAGAAAAAUAAAACGAGAAAAAAGAAAAAGAAUAAAGAGAAAAAGAAUAAAAAGAGAAAGAAAAAGAACUAAAAUAACAUAAAGAGCAAAAAGAAAGAGAACAAAAAGAAAGAGAACAAAAAGAAAGAGAACAAAAAGAAAGAGAACAAAAAGAAAGAGAAUAAAUGGAAAGAGAAUAAAGAGAAAGAGAAUAAAUGGAAAGAGAAUAAAGAGAAAGAGAAAAAAAAGAAAGAGAAUAAAUGGAAAGAGAAUAAAUGGAAAGAGAAUAAAAAGAAAGAGAAAAAAAAGAAAGAGAAAAAAAAGAUAGAGAAAAAAAAGAUAGAGAAUAAAGAGAAAGAGAAUAAAGAGAAAGAGAAUAAAUAGAAAAAGAACAAGAAUUAAAAAAAUAAUAAUAAAACGAGUAACUUGAUGAUAAUGAAGAAUUGUUCAA